AAAAAGACACCAACGGAGAUGCUUUGUGGGUUUGGUGUUAUCCGUCUGUAACAGCUGAACUGAGGAGUCUCUUGCUGCGGAAGUGCUGCCUUACAGAUGAAAACAAAUUGCUUCACACCUUUGUAUUUGGCCAGUAUAAAAGGUCGUGGUUCUACAUCACAACUGUGGAAGUUCAAGAUUCUCCAGCCUUGAAAAAGGUGACCCACUUCUCCAUUGUUCUGACGGCCAAAGACUUCAACCCAGAGAAAUAUGCAGCCUUCACUAGGAUACUGUGUAGAAUCUACUUGAAGCACGGAAGUCCAGUUAAGAUGAUGGAGAGUUACAUUGCAGUCCUUACAAAGGGCAUCUGCCAAAGUGAGGAAAAUGGCUCUUUCCUCAGCAAGGAUUUUGAUGCUCGGAAGGCUUAUCUUGCUGGUUCCAUCAAAGAUAUAGUAUCUCAGUUUGGAAUGGAAACAGUUAUCUUGUAUACAGCACUGAUGUUAAAGAAGAGAAUUGUAGUGUACCAUCCUAGAAUAGAAGCUAUUCAGGAGUUUACCAGGACUUUGCCAGCUUUAGUGUGGCAUCGGCAAGACUGGUCAAUUCUUCAUUCAUAUGUGCAUCUAAAUGAGGAGGAAGUGGAAGCCUUAAAAGCCUGCACAGGUUACAUUGCUGGGUUCACAGAUUCUGAAGUGAACAGUAGACCGGACCUCUACGAUGUGUAUGUGAAUCUGGCAGAUAGCGAGAUCACCAUUUCCCCUGUAGUAAAAGAGGCAAUGACGAUGGGAAAACUUCACAAAGAAAUUGGACAACUAAUUGUUCAGUCUGCAGAAGACCCAGAAAAGUCAGACAGUCAAGUCAUUAAGGAUAUUUCUCUGAAGACGAAAGAAAUCCUGGCUACUUUAGCCUCACUUACUGAAGCUUCUGAUGGUAAUGAAAAACCAACACUGAACUCUGAGGCUCUGAAACAAAAGCGAUUUCCACCAGCUACUGAAAACUUCCUUUUUCAUCUAGCAGCUGCUGAACAAAUGCUCAAAAUCUGAUUUUUGCUGUGCUGCAGUCUUAUGGACCAAUUCUAAAAUACUUUGCCAUACAGAUAGGUAUACCUGAUAUUUUAUAUGGAAAAACUAAAGGUGUAAGAGUGAAGUCAGAUUUA